GAGUUGCUGAAACUGGAGGCAGAUCUAGAUCAAGAAAAACAACACCAAUCUGAUCACAAUUAAAACUGCUGUCACAUCAGGUUAUACGAGCUCUUCAAAUAUCGGACCUGGUUUCCAGCAACUGUGCUUGUUUCAUCACAUUAGUCUGAGAUGCUGCAAACGCUGCUGUUCAUCUUGAUUGUCGUCAGAAUGAAAAACUGUGAGAUUUUACAACUUGAUGGGACGACUAACUUCUCCAUCAAAGUACAAGACAACUUCACUGGAGAGGCCGGUUUGUGCAUCAUAGCGUUCUGUUCUUUCACUGUCCCUCAAAGUUUCUCAGAACCCAUUAGGAGAACCUGGUUCAAAGGAGAUCCACAAAAACCAACUGUUGAAGUUCCUUGUGUUAACAUACUUAAUAUAUAUUUGGGCAAUGAGAUAGAGUGCAGCUUUAUGCUAAACAACUUGGUUCAGGGCGAAUCUGAUGGUGAAUACAGACUGAAACUGGAGUGGGGACAAGGGAAAGUGCAUAUCUUUUCUCAGACAGUGAAUAUUACUGUGAAAGAGCUCACCCAGAAACCAACUAUAAACGUCCCACAACUCACAGCAGGAGAGAAGGCCGAGAUAUCCUGCAAAGUUCCAGGGGAUUGCACGAAUCCAUCGGUAGAUAUUGUUUGGACAGGGAUUGAGCCUGAUGAAAUUAAAACUGUUGUUAGUGCAGUGCCUGGCAGUGUACAGCGGUAUUCAGUAAUGACUUUCCAUACUGAGCCUGAACAUCACAAUACUAAGCUCACCUGCACAGUCAUUUAUCAAAAAAGCAUACAGACUGAAAGUACUGUGAUCCUUGAAGUAAGAUAUGCUCCUAAAAUCCUGAAUAGCUCUCGUUGUUUGGUGUGGGGUGAUGAAUUGACCUGCAUGUGUGUCAGCAGUGGUGUGCCGUUACCCCAGAUAUUCUGGCCGAUAUUAGAUGGUAUCAAUAAAUAUUACAGUACUGUUUCAGCAGAGAACACCAUCAGUAUCAGCAACGUCUCCAUUACUGUUUUCAGUAACAUCAACGCUACUGUUGAAUGUGUCAGUAAGAAUCUCAUGGGUAUGGCAAAAAUGCAAAUUCAGGUCCAGAGUCAUAUUGAAAGACCCAAAGUAAGUUGGAGUUUGUCCACCCCUUGGAUAUUCUUUACCCUUUCAUCUGUUGUAAAUGUCAUUUUCGCUUGCUGUUUGACUGUCGUCUUACGAAGGAGAGAAAAACUUAAGAAACCAAAAGAUGACAACCAUGUCUACAUGACUUCAAUGGCAAGAGAGGAAUCUGCGUAUGAGACAAUCAAAAUGUCUUCAGAGAGAUAUUAGUGGUUUGAUCAGCAGCACAUUACAGCUGAAAUAACAAAACUUUCUAUUUAUAUAUUUUUUACAUAUAUUUUGGACUCUAUUUUUUGCUUAUGUUAAGGGCAAAGUCCACCCAAAAAUUACAAUUCUGUCAUCAUUUACUCACCCUCAUGCUAUCCCAGUAUAGCAUCAAAGUACCGCGAGAGUGAUUUGAGAUCAGACGGCUGCGCAUAGCAUGCUUUCGAUGCUCACUUAUAUAGUGAAAUAUUAUGACAACUGACUAUAUGCACGGUUACUUCCUGGUUGUCCUUAGGCCAGCUUGGGCAUUUCCGGUGAACUGUUAGCUGAUCAUUCUGUACUCGCUGUACAUCGACACAAAACCAUCAGUGGUUGACUUUUUAAUGUUGUAUUCAUAUUUUAAUGCAGUUAUCACAUUUACCUCAUUUGCCAAUAAACCAGUUUUAUUGAUUGCAAUAAAGACGAAGCUAUUGGGACCGUUUAAGAAAUGUCGUGUCUGUAAUUAGACACGCACACGCAUUAUUUUUUCCAGCACUUCAAAUGUUAUUUUUAAUGUGAUGACCACAAAAAUUACUUGGUCAUCCUUCUGAGAUUGUCCCCAUUUGUAAAACUGAACAUUUCAAAAUGUAGGAAAGUCAAUAUUUGAUAGAAAACGUUCUCGGUUACUAACGUAACCUCGGUUCCCUUAGAUACUACACUUGUUUAGGCUGAGACGCAUUGGGGGAUUUUCUCCGAUUUCUGAAGCCUUUUUCAAUCACGCAGUGAAACUGCAUGGCCAUUGGUUCGUGGAGUUAAAUAAAACGAACCAAUGACGGCCUGGCAGAGCCGUGCGAGCCUAUGGUGAGCCUAUGGUGGGCGGGGUAUCAGGCUAUAUAUAAACGGGCAUCUCACCUAGGCUGACUGAUUUAAUUCGACUGCAGCGACGACAUGAGGCGUCCUGUGAAUAGCACAGCAAAGUACGCAGUACUCAUUCCGUAUCUAAGGGAACCGAUUGUAUUGUCCCCAAUGCGUCAAGCCGUUUAGGCUGAGACACAAUCGUGCCGUGCUAUGAAGGAGGGAUGACCGAGUAUUCGCCCAGAGCACUAAAAGGGUCCUCCGGCCGUGAUAAAAGCAUAUUCUAAGGCAUAGUCUGGAGUCUGUUUGGUUUUUAGGCUGCGCAGCAGACUAGACACUACAUAAUCUUAUUUCUUAUUUCUAUAAGUGAUAGUGUUUAGUGGAGCACUAAAGAUCUUAUUACCAGGUGAUAGUGCUCAAACAGGCCGAGACGUCGGCCGACAUCGAACAGGUAUUGAAGUACGCUAGUAGAGUAUAAAUUCAUAGGUGUCUGGGACACCCGGUUUAAUUUAAGUCAGGUGCGUAGGGUAAAAUCUACCACAGAGCCAAGAGCCCAGAUGUAGUCGGGGUCUUAGGCAGGAGUCUAAGAAAAGCCGAUCAUCAUGGUGAGGCUUAUGCAGAGAGAACCUGUGUCUGUAACGCAGAGACGUCCAGGUUAUAAAACCUGACAAAUUUGGACGGCGAGGCCCAGCUGGCCGCCACACAAAUUUCCGUGAUAGACACACCACUGGACCAUGCCCAAGAGGAGGCCAUGCCUCUCAUGAAAUGUGCUCUAACACCUAUAGGACAUUGCAGCCCUAAAGAGGAGUAGGCGAGUGCUAUCGCAUCAACUAUCCGUCUGGAUAGCGUAGGCUUUGUGACCGGGUGACCUUUGGUGCGGCUUCUGAAGCACACAAAGAGCUGUUCCAAAUGACGAAAUGAGGUGGAACGGUCAAUGUAGGUCCUUAGGGCCCUAACAGGGCAGAGUAAGUUCAACUCCUGAUCAUCCUGAGAAGGAGGAAGUACAGAGAGAAUGACAACCUGCGCCCUGAACGGAGUGGAGAGAACCUUAGGAACGUAUCCGUGUCUUGGUUUCAGGAUGACUUUGGAGUCUGGUGGUGCUCUAGCACCACCAGGCUGGCCAUCAAACGACCAAUAGCCUGAGCCGUGGUCUUGGUGACGCACAGGGCCAGGUCCGUGGCGCUGCGCAGCUCCUUGAAUGUGGCCGAGUCAUGUCCAGCUUCGUCCAUGGCGCGAAGGAGCUUAGCUUGAUACACCUGUAGCACUGCCAUGGAGUGCAGUGCAGACGCUCGCCCAGCGAGACCCGAAGUCGCGGUGUGUCGCUAGCGUGCCACGCCCUUCUGCUCCGUAGACGUUUCUCAUUAUUAGGAGAAACAAAGUCAUUAUUAGGAGAAAGUUUCACAUUAUUAUGAGAUAUAAGUAAUAUGAAGAAGUUUCUCGUUAUUAUGAGAUGUUAAGUCAUUAUUACGAGAAACUUUCUCAUUAUUAUGAGAAAUUAAGCCAUUAUUAGGUGAAAAUAGGGUGUCUCGCCCAGGAUGUAAUUCAGUGUAGAACCUCCACUGAUGCCUGACUAUUUAAGUGACUAUAUUCUGAUUAUAAACUAAGUAUUACCCUAUUGAUGCUCAACACACCAGCAAGUGACAUCUCACCGGAAGUUUUCCAGCUGACUUAUAUUUUUCUAAAGAACACUCUGUGCAUAUAGUCAACUGACUAUUGAGCACAUUUUACUGGUCCUCACUUGUUAAAGACAUGUUUUUUAUUUAAAUCUAACGUUUGCACAUUUCUAUGAUAAGUAAGUUUAGGGGGAAUGGUUGGGUUAAGUGAUAGAAAAUAUCAUUAACCUGAUAAUCAAUGCAAUUAAACAAUGUCCUCUCUAAUUAUCAAACUAACUUUAAAUAUUAUCGCAGGGAAAAUAGUAAUUAGGUCCAGGUGUUAUAGAUCAAUAAGAAAGCAUGAGAAACCACAUCAGCUUGAAGGGGAACACUUUACAAUAACAGUAGGCUACAACAUGAAUAAUCAUGUAGCUACUAAUACCUGAAUUAACAGUAACUUCAACAUGAACUCAUGAUUAGUGAAGAUAUGAACUAUUCAUGAACUAAUGAAUCCUUAACUAUGACAGGAGUCAUAAGGAUUCAUGCAUGAACACAGCGGCCUUAACUACACGUUAAUACAUGUUUGAAAAUUAAUGCAUUAAUUAACAUUUAGGGGUAAACUAAAUAAAUCAGGCUCUGUAAGAGUAAAUAAGAUGUACUCUGAAUUUGAAAAACUGUAAAUCAUAAUCUGCCAUCUGCAGCUUUGUGACAAAUAAUUAGAAUGGCACAUGAUUAUUUAGCCAUUAAUUAUAUAGAUCUGUCUAAUCAAACGUGGAAAAUAGACUAAUUGUCACGUCUGUCUGUUUUAAACUUGUUCAAUUCGUCACAUGUUCUCCUUUGUUCCUUGUUUCCUGCUACUUGUUUGUAUCCUAGGUUACUCAUUUGAUUAGUGUCCUCAGUUCAGCUGUUUCUUGUUAAUUAAUCUCGUUUGGUCCUUUGUUCACCUUGUAUUUAAGCCCUCAGUUUCUGUCUAGUCCUUGUCUUGCGUUGAUGUUAUUUUGAUUGUGUUUUUCCCUAGUUAUUAUCCUAUUCGUGUUGGUUACUAUAUUAAAAGUUCUAAUCAAGGAUCUCCUUCAUUGUGCGCUUCCUAUAUGCCACAAACCCUGACACUAAUAACUAUCACUAAUAAAUUGCUUUGGUAAACCAAAUUAAUAAUUAAAGACAUGUUUACAUGUAUGUUUUAUUGGGAUUUUUCAGGAGGUUUUGUACAGUUAUUAACUAUUUGUAUUUUAUGUCGUUUAAAUGUAUAUGCUUCGAUUAGUAUAAGCUUGUGGACGCGCCCUAAAUGUGCCUUAUGUGUCUUUACAGGUAUGUUUAUGGCUUGCUUUUAAGUCCAUAUAUGUUUAAUUAUAUAGAUAAAAAUAAAGACAAAAUAAAAAUACAAAAAUUUUUA